AUGAUUCAACAAAUUCCUUUGCUUGAAUUGGUUUCUUUGACUGGAUUAGAUGAUUUAAUAAAUCCCUAUGCUUAUAAAUUGUUUUCUUUAACCGGGUUAGAUAAUUCAACAAAUUCUUAUGCUUACAAAUUGUUUUCUUUGACCAUAUUAGAUGAUUCAACAAAUUCCUACACUUAUAAAUUGUUUUCUUUGACCAGGUUAGAUGAUUCAACAAAUUCCUACGCUUACAAAUUGUUUUCUUUGACCGGGUUAGAUGAUUCAAUAAAUCCCUACACUUACAAAUUGUUUUCUUUGACUGGGUUGGAUGAUUCAACAAAUCCCUACGCUUAUAAAUUGGUUUCUUUGACCAGGUUAGAUGAUUCAACAAAUUUCUUUGCUUGA